CGGAGCGAGGCGAGGCCCGGCCCGGCCGGUGUCUGUGGCCGCCUCCAUGGCGGCGGACUGGCCCCGGGGCGGCGGCCGGCCGAUGGUUUGUGGGUGAUAACGUGUGCAAGUGCCUCAAGUUUCUCCUACAAGAUGUGUUCCAAAAAUCCAGCAAAUUGGGUCACCUUUGAUGAUGAGCCGCUCUUCCAGUCACCUCAGAAAUUGGUUGACAAUCAGAGCAGUUGUAAAGCAAAUGGCCUUAAACUAAAUCUGUCUAGCUUGCAUGAGUCUUCAAGUAGGUCAUCUUCUACAGGCAGCACUCCACUCUCAUCUCCUGUAGUUGACUUCUACCUAAGUCCCGGACCCCCCAGCAACUCUCCACUUACUACACCUACCAGAGACUACCCAAAGCCUGGUGUUCACCUCCUUUAUCCCAUCCCUGAGUGGCCACCAAAUGUUAACCUUCUUCCAUCACCUGCGACCCCCUCCUCCUUAACCUCGCAGAAACCGAGCAGCCUUCCUUUCAACGCUUCACCUAAUGAUCACCCAGUUAAGACUUUGGUCUCCAAAUCAACAGACGAGGGAAGUCCUAAUCUGCCAGGAAGCUACGAGGAGUCAGGAGAGUUGCCAUCACCAUCAGGGCACUUCCCAAACUUCCAGAGCGACUGUGCUUUUUCCAGUCCUUUUUGGAAGGAAGAGUGCUCACUCAGCACGUCAUUGGCUAAUGUUGGCGCGCACAGGAAGGACAAGGCCCUCGACAGGAGUGUCUGUCAUCCUAAAGACAAAGAAACUUGUCACAAUCAGAAAAGCCUUAACCAGGGCUCCUUCAGCUACAUCUGCGAGAGGCUUGAACACCUGCAAGCUGAGAGCUGCGGCGCCGCAGGAAGCACUCCCAUCUCCAAUGCCCACGCGUGGCACAAGCCCUCCCCUGCCAUCCCACGCGGCCUCUUCAGGAGCCGGAAAGCAGAGGGGUGGCCGUUCAUGCUGAGGAUUCCCGAGAAGAAGAACAUGAUGUCAUCUCGGCAGUGGGGCCCUAUUUACCUUAGCGUCCUGGCUGGAGGUGUGUUGCAGAUGUACUACGAAAAGGGCCUAGAGAAACCUUUCAAGGAGUUCCAGCUGCAGCCACACUAUAAGUUGUCUGAACCCAAAUUGGAGAGCUAUAAUGUCUCGGGAAAAAUCCAUACUGUGAAGAUAGAGUGCGUGUCUUACACAGAGAAAAGGAGGUAUCACCCCAAAAUAGAAGUGAUCCAUGAGCCAGAGGUUGAGCAGAUGUUAAAGCUGGGCACCACAGAUUAUAAUGACUUCACUGAUUUCCUUGUAACCGUCGAGGAAGAGCUUAUGAAACUUCCCACUGUUUGUAGACAAAAGAGAAAUUAUGAAGAGCAAGAAAUGUCUCUGGAAAUAGUGGAUGACUUUUGGGGGAAAGUCACUAAGGCAGAAGGAAAACUUGUAGAAAGUACUGUCAUCACGCACGUUUACUGCUUGUGUUUUGUGAAUGGAGGUGCCGACUGCUUUCUAACCCUGAACGACUUGGAGCUCCAGAAGAGGAAUGAGUGUUACUUUGAGAAGGAGGAGGAGAAGAAAUGGAUUGAUAUUCUCGAUUGCCAUUUCCAUAACUGCGUCAAAGCGCAGGAAUUCGAACAAUCACGAAUUGUUAAGUUUACACCUCCAGAUGCCUGUAGGCUGGAACUGAUGCGUUUCAGGACACAGUUCAAUGGGCAAGACCUUCCCUUUUCUGUGAAGGCUGCGGUAGUUGUUCAGGGGGCGUACAUUGAACUUCAGGCUUUUAUAAACAUGUCUUCAACUGCUUCAACACCGACGCGUUUACCUUCUGUGAAAUACUGUGAAAAUGUUAUGAUACGCUUUCCUGUUCCCAUGCAGUGGGUCAAAGCACUUUGGACCAUGAACCUCCAAAGGCAGAAGUCCUUAAAAUCCAAAAUGAACAGGAGAGCGUGCCUUGGCGCUUUGCACGAGGUCGAAUCCGAUCCUGUAAUACAAGUCUCAAUUGGAACGGCAAAAUACGAGAGUGCCUACAGGGCUGUUGUGUGGAAGAUAGACAGGCUUCCAGAUAAAAACUCAAGCUCAGAUCAUCCACACAGCCUCUCUUACAAACUGGAACUCGGAUCAGACCAGGAAAUACCAUCCGACUGGUAUCCAUUUGCUACCGUCCAGUUCGUUGUUCAUGAUACCUGUGCCUCAGGAACAGAAGUGAAGUCGCUGGGCAUAGAGAGCGAUCUGCAGCCCCAGAAGCACGUUGUUCAGAAAGCUUUUUACAAUUGCCAGGUUGAAAUUGAAAAGAAGUGGAUUAGGCUUGAUGGAGAAGAUCCAGAUAAGGCUGGCAAUUGCCUAAUGCAGUAAAAGAGCACAGGAGGCAUGGUCAUAGGAUAUUAGUAGGAAUCAGUUUACAUAGGGAAUUCUAUUGUUAGAAGCAGCGCAGUGACCUAGUUUAGGAUAAACAUGCUCAUUGAAUUUUCCUUUUUUUAAUGCUUUUGGGUUUGACACCGAAAAUCAGUACUUGUCUGACUGGCCUGCGUUCAAGUAAACUUCCUGUCCUGGGAAUACUGGUAUGAGUAAGGUCUCCUUGUAAAGAGUUGCAGGAUGUGAACACUUAAUUGACUGAUUGUAAUAUAUUAUUUUCCUGUCCUGUGUCUAUGACUUGGGAGUAAUCUCAUACCCUAUAUUGAAACCUAAUGGCACUACUCAAAGAGUUCAUGUCACUUGAACAUGUAAUAUUCAACGAUAAAAAGCGCCAGAGUCCUGAUGUGCAGACCAGCAUCUGUGUAGGGUCCAGCAGGACCAAUUACAUUUUUUAGUGGUGUUUGAAAAACUAAAGUCCCUUAUGUUUCUGCUCCCCUUAAUAUAUGUGAACAGAGCAAGUUGUAAUGUUAUUCUUGACAAGAGCCUCAGUUAAUGAGUUGGAAACUGGGCAAAUUCAUUGGUAAAAAGGGAAAAGCUCCUCCACAAUAAUAUUCUUCAUUCUUCUGGGGCUGCCAGUGUUUCCUUCUCAGAAAUUUAUGGGUUCACUCAAAGUAAUCUCUUGGGCAAAAAGACAUAUGGCAGAUGUGACUGAAAUUUCUGUGCCAGCAUUAGACAAAUCUUUUUCACUAUAUCAGCGUGACCAAGGGGCAGAUCCUCAGCACACUUAAAUCAGUGCAGACCCAUUUCAUUUGGUGAAGCUUUGUGAAUUUACACCAGUGGGGGGUUUUCCCCACAAACCUCAGAAAUAUCUGGUUGCCGCUGUUUGCUCUGGGUCUCCUUCAGGAUGCAGCUUCCACACGUUGAUUUGGAAACUGCGGAGCCAUUACAUUGAGUAACUUUUAAGACAGUCUUUCCAUACCUGGGAAGGGAGAUGUUUUCAUGCUGUUAGCUCUGAAGGCAUUUUCUGUGGGGAAACAAUGGACUAUGGCAAGGGAUGUGAAGCUGUGACGCUUCAGAAGGCAGCAUGAGCUACUAAUCACAUAUCAAUAUGUAAACUGUAUUUUUAACAAACUACUGGCAUUUAGGGAAAGGUUUUAAUGCUUCCCCUCAGCCAUUUAUCCCCGUUGUAAUUUUCUGGAGGCUGUAACUCCAGGCCUGAAAAAAACUCUGAUAAAUUAAAAAAAUGGUCCUGAUUAUUUUUUUUCCUCUACAGUUUUCCUAAAAUUAUCUUUACUUCAAACUGAAAUUAGUAGAGAACCAAAAUAUAGUAGUGCACUAAGUCUCACUUUAUAUUUUGUCAUGGCUUGUAACUGUUUAUAUGAACACUGUGUAAAAAUAUGGAUAAAUGUUAUUUCCCCAAAAGUAGAAAUAUGUGGGAUAUGCACUGAGGAAAUUACCAGUCUGAGGAAACAGAAGGCUAUAAUAUGAACCUUGUUCAUCACAAUAAACUUUUCCCCCCAUUUGGAAGCUGAGAAUGAAAUGGGUAAUAGAUUCUAUAGUAAGCCCCGAGGGCAGGUUUUUUAUGGAUAUUGCAUUGCCAAAGCCCCAAAUAGACUAUUAUGGUAUUUUGGCUUCUCUAUAUAUCCCUUUUUAUUAGCAGAUUAUAUUAUUAUAAAUCUAAGCAAGCGUUUGAGUGUAGUAGUGAUCCAAAUACAUCUCAGCUGUUGCAUCCUCCCUCCGUGUUUUGACUUGAGCAGCCACUAGCACUUUCAAGUCAUGUUUGGUUUGUUUUAUUUGUGUUUAAUUUUGAUUUAUAUACUUCUCAGCUGAACUAAGGGGCGCAGCGUGCGCGUGGGCAAAGUGUUUAUACUCAGCAUCAUGGCAGAGCUCUGCAGUUCACUGAUGUUCAUGGUUAAACUAGAGCUACAAUAUCUAUUAGCAUCUUUGCUCAGUAAGGUAGAGGAAGCAAUAUGUGUAUUGCAGAUACCUGCACUAGCCAUUGUCUGAGGCUGACUCAUCUUGAUUGGCACUAAUGCAGCAAAUUCGGUAUAUCAGUUAGCAGUGGUUAUUGUCCAAAGCCUGUCUUGCCCAGCUGGCCCCUAUUUUUCUGUUUUUAAGGAGAGACAACUGCCUGUUCAGGGACUCUUUCAUCUUAGGAUGCCCUUUUGCAGUACUCAUCUCCUACAGAUUCGGUACCUGGUAGUGCCCCGGGUCUUGCAAAAGCAACAGCUGCUUUUCUUCUGUCAGGUGUCUGAUGUAUCUCAGGAUGUGUUCAAGAAGCCCAUGUAGUGCUGACCUCCAAAGAUGAGCUAUUGUUUUGAAAGGCCCAAGAGAUGAACAGCCACGUUACAAGUCAUCUUCCUUGUGUCUGUGUUAUAUCUGGUAUGGUGCAAACAAUCAUUCUGCCUUACUGAACUCAUUAACACAAAAAGGUCAAGCUACAGUGCCAUUGACAUUGCAGGCUCUUGGAUUUCCAUCUGAGGCCUGUAAGACUCACCAUUAAGUUUAUUCAGAAUUGGAUCAGGAUCAUAGGGAACUAAUUCCACAGAAAUAUCACCACACCGAAAGAAUGUUUAAUAUGUAGCUUUCAGUUUAAACCUGACAAUUAGUGCAGCCUAAAUUAGUUCAACCUCAAACUGAUGUUUGUAUGCCUUGCUGUCAAAAUAUUUUAGAACAGGCUGCAGUUUCAUGAAAGAAAGUUUGGGUUGUCUGAAUUUUUUUUCCCCCAUCAAAUUCAAACUUCUUGUUCUGCUGCCAAAGCAGAAACACCCUGCCUUCCCCUUUCCUUCUGCAGUGUCUGAUGUCCUUGAGUAUAACACACUGAACAAAUAUUCUCAAUGUUUAAGGCUCCAUUUGCUAAGAUCUUCUACGAAUGCUGCAACAGGUGACAGCAAAUAGACAUAUUGGCUUUGAUUCUUCAGAAAUCUGGGCUAUAAGUAGUCCAACUGUAAUUUUGGGAGGGGAAUGGAGAUGAGGAACAGUUGCUAUAAGCUAUUGUGAUGCUCAGUGUCUAGCUAGCAGAAGGAUUUGAGCUUUAAAUAACCCAUGAAGUACAUUGGCAUCGUGUGAGGAACCAGGUUUCACACGUUACUGAUCUCUGCUUCCCACAGCUAGCACCUGCAGUUACUGAAAUGCUUCCAACUGUUUGGGUCACUUAAGAUGCUGACACUUUGCUAACAUGCUGAUAAUCUUUGCUAACAUUUGCUAACAUACAGGGCAGUAUUUAGAUAUUAUCUGUGUUUCUUUCACAAAGGGCCAGCAGGUUUUGGGAUAUUUUGUAUUUUAAAUGGAAAUCAAUGAGAACAGUUAUUUUUAUAGUGUGUUUGCCUUAUUUACAGUGUUGUAUUUACUGAAACUGACAAACUUUAUCUUCGCAUUCAUCCUUCUCAUGCCAAUUGUAUUACCGUAGGUAAAUGGUACUUGUUAUUUUGGAUUCAAACACCCAUUGAAGUCAGUGGAAGUCUUUUAACUGACAUAAAUGGGAUGUACAUCAAAGUCUCUAAGAAUAAAGCAGAGGGGGAAAAAAAGAAGAAAGGAAUAGUGGUAAAGGGCAGAAAAAAAUAGCACUGUAGAAUGUUCUUGAUGCUAGCAAGUAAGCAACCUGCAAUGAUUGCUUAUUCCAAUCAGAAAAGCACAGAAAAGAGAGGAAAAAAGGUGUUACUGGGUGUCAAAUCCGAAGCUUUGCAGUGAUUUGGAACGGUGGUCUGGCUGCCCCUGUGUAGCAAGAAAGGAGGAUGAUGGUGCACUCCACUGAACAUGAUGCCAAGCUGCUGUCAUCCUUAUCCUCCUUGCUUUCCCCCCACCCCCCCAGAUUCCAUAUUAAUUGUCCAAAAGUGCUUUACAUCUGAAAACAUGUUUGCUUUUAGUUGCAUUUCUUUUACACAAUGGACUUCUGAACUACAGUAUUGGUGUCCACACCUUUGUUUUACAUUUUUUCCCUGUUUUUGUCGACUAAACACAGUAACUAACUGCUACAGUUAGUAGUUCUUAGUUAUAAUUUUGAUAAUUCUGAAGCAGUGCUGUUAUUCUUAAUGGAUAAUAUAAUGUUAUUUGGGUCUUUUGUCACUAUAAAUAUAAACAGACCAUG